ACAUAUACAUAUACAUAUACAUAUACAUAUACAUAUACAUAUAUACUUAUGGUGUACGGCCUUAAAGCUAAGCGAAGAACUCAAGAGUCAAGUGAAAGGAAAGAGACUGCGUUAUACGCGUAGCCCUCUCUGAACGAUCGACAGAAUGGAUUUAAGGAUGUGCAUCGUCGUAUUCUUAUCAAUUUUAUACUUCAAUCUACCUCCAGCAACGAUUGCACUUCGAAGAUGCGUUCAUUGCAGAUCGAGAGGAGAGCUAGGCUCGUGUAAGGAUCCGUUUACGAUGAAUUCCACGCAAAUAGAUUUAGAAAGAGGCGUGGAUAUGGUACCCUGUGUAUCCGGUUGGUGUGGUAAAAUAAUCGAAAGUCAAAAUUUAAACAAUGAAUACGGUACAGCCACGCAAAGACUGUGCUUUCAAAGAGGACCGGAUGAUGGCGAAGAAAGAUGCGCUUAUACUACGUGGAAUUAUAGAAAAGUUUACAUGUGCCUUUGCCUCGGAGAUCUUUGCAACGGAGCGAUUAACGCCAAUAUAUCCUAUUCGUUACUAACCUUGAUAUUAUGUAUUACCGUACGAUGGAUCCUGUAAAUUUUUUUUAUAUUUUAAAUUGCCAAUGAUCCAAUAUAAUCUUUUAUCUUAAAUUAUUCUAUCAAUAGGCAAUUUGUCUAUUUGGUUUUAUAUCAUGAAUAUAAAAUAUUAUAUGUUACGUUGUUAUCAUUGAAACGUAACAAUCCUUGAGUUUGAAUCAUUCAUUAUAUCAAUAAGAUUUUUCUUAAAUAAUGAUUUCUUUACAAUCGUUUUAACAAACGUUUUAUUUCUCAUCGUAUUGAUGAUGUUUUCUCAUGUAAGAUUUUAAUAACAAUUUUAUGUUAUUUUAAAAUGCAAAUACCAAUGCAAUACUAAUAAAAAAAUCUCUAUUAGAUCUUUAAGACUACAACUUAUUGCUCGUAUCGUAUUGUGAUUAUUUAUUUUAUUUUGUUCUUUGAACUUAAACUGUAAACAGGGCUGUUCCGUAAUAAAUAAGAUAUGAUUCUGAUUCUAAUGCUAGUAAGAGCGAUACACGUUGUUUUCUUAUACGAUUUGCAAAAAAUUAUAUAAAUUGCUGUGAAAGGUAUUACAAAUUGGUAUAUGCAAUUUGAUGAUCUAUUUAAAAAUAGCAUAUCAAUAUUUUCUAAAGCAUUUAUAAUUUAUUUAAUUAUAUGACUAUAUGUUCAUCUAGAUUUUUUAUGGAUUAAUAUUCCUUUAGUUGCUUUAUUUUUAUUUAAAAUAACAAUGGAUUUUAUCGUAUGAAAUUAUUUU